CAAGUAAAUCAACAUCUUCUCCCCCAACCAUCAUGGCCACUAACCAAUGGAAUGACUCUGAUCCCUCCGACGACGACGCCAACCAGGACUCGCAAACGGCUCGCAAACGAAGCAGCAGAGCCUGCGAUCAAUGCAGGAAGACGAAGAGCAAGUGUGAACCGUCCCCGUCCUCAUCUGGCCUUUGUAAGAGCUGUGCACUUGGAGGAACAGCUUGCACAUUCCUUGGACCAAGCUACAAACGCGGUCCCCCCAAAGGAUACAUCCAAGCCAUAGAGCAAAGAUGGCAUCAAGUCGAGUCACUGUUGGGUGCCGUGCUAGCAAGUCCAGAUGGUCGAGUGCAGGAUAUUCUCAGCGAACUGAGGCAGGAUGAUUUGGCAAGAGAGAUUCUUAAUAGGGUUGAUGCAGGUCCAUUCGGGCCAACCGGCAGGCUCGCGAACCCAGCUGGCGCCACCAAAGAAGAUUUCUUUGCGUCUAUUUUUCGAAGUAAUGAAGCUUCUGCUCGUGACAGCGCCCGCUCCCGCCGACAGUCGCGUAUAUCGAGAGAAAUGGUUUCUUCAUCCAGAGACAACACGUUGUCGACAAUGCCAACCCCUGAAUGGCAAGACAGUUUGUCCACUCGCGUGCUCGGUUCGGAUAGAAGGGGUCAACAGGUCUUUCCUGGUAGGCACCGCUCCCAGGACUUCAGCGGAGAAGUCCCAGCAACCCAAAGGCGCCGCUAUGAGGAUUCAUCGUCCACCGAUCACUCGACGCUGCCGGAUUGGGGCGAAAUGUACACCAUGGAUCCUUUAUCCGAUGCUGGAGGAGAUGAUGGCGCAGAUCCGAGUGACAUGGUUGGACAACUAUCUUUAGAUGAAAAUCAAGAAGUGCGGUUUCAUGGUAAAGCUAGUGGCCUGCAUCUGCUUAGUAUAAGCGAUCGCAUGGACGGGAGAAACGAUGGUGGUAUAUGGCGCCUUCCAAUGAUGCGGUUUUGGCCUUCCAAUAAGCCAAGGCCUCCACGGCCUGAGCCCACUUCACCUGACAUUGCGUCUUCCAUAAAGUUGCCUCCCACUGAAGUUCAAGAUCGCCUGAUUGGACAGUACUUCGCUUUUGUCCAUCCUGUAUUUCCCGUGAUUCACAAGCGUCAAUUCCUACGGGAGUACAAUAGAAUUAAACAAAGCAGCCACCCUUGUACACCAGAGGCGUUCAGGGAGUCACCUUCUUCAUUAAGAAGCGAGUCCUCCCAGGCAGUGACGAAACUUUUGCUUCUAUCAAUCUUUGCCAUGGCGGACCAGUACUCAGAUGACAAUGGAUCACAUUUGCCCGAGAAGCCGUGGGAGUCCGAUCGAAGCUAUCAUAUUGCGGCACGAGAUUUGGUUGCUACGUUAAUUCACAGCAGUAGGACGUCUACCUGUCAAUCAUUGUUGCUCCUUGGAUUACGGGAGUUUGCUUCAGGGUCGCUGGAGCAAGGAUGGUUGUACCUCGGAAUGGCCAUGAGGAUGGCUCAUGAUCUAGGUCUCAAUCGAGCCUCCGAUAGCUGGCAGGUUAGCGGAAUCAAUAUUUUCACUCCAGAGGAGAAUCAGGCUCGUAAACAAAUAUGGUGGGCAUGUAUCAUGGCUGACAAAUAUGGCUCCGUCUAUAUGGGCCGUCCCGUGUGUAUUCGAGAAAACGAUUUCGAUACGCUUUUACCAGAGGUGGACGAGGGCGAUGAUUCGAUUGAGAAUGAACAUCAGCUUGAAGUAGGCUGGCGUUCACCUCCGACAUCAGUAGUCAUGAGUUGCAUUCAGGCAGAAGCAUCACUAUCGGUUAUCAUCGGCGCUGUCGUUGACCUCGUGUAUCCGGUUCGAUUCACAUCGCGUACCCCUCGGCAACACGUGUUGAAGUCAUUAGAGAGUCGCCUCGACCAUUGGUACAUGUCACUCGCUGACAAUCUUAGAUACGACCCCUCAAGCAAAAGGAACAUGCCUGCCUGGCCUGUAUUGUAUCUUCACAUAGGUUACUGGUGGACUGUACUGCUAUUGCAUAGAGCCUUCCUUCCAAACUGGAAAAUGUCCGACGGCAUUUUCCGCAACCCAUCGGUUGGAUCCGAUACAGGGCCGUUAAAAGCCUUCGACUUAUGCCAGCGCGCUGCGACGUAUAUCAGCACUAUAGCCACCACUUGUCACGAAAAUUUCGAUCUCAAGAAUGGAUCUCCUUUCCUUACCCCCCAUCUCUUAGCUGCAGGCAUUAUGCAUAUCGUUACUUUGACUUUACGUCCUUCAAAUGUCCAGGCCUAUAUAGGCUUGCAACAAGUACUGACCGGUCUUCGACAUCUUCAAAACACCUGGCCAAGUGCCGCCCGAGCAUGGGACUUACUCCACGGCGCAAAGGUUCAUUUUGAUGGAAAUCUGUCGAACUUCACACCCGGUACCGAACGCUCCAAAAGGCCUGCAGCUGACGCCUUCGGCAACGAGAAAAGUUCAGACUUCCUUCAGCGGGAGGCAUUUGGAGAUUCGGAACGGAAAGCCCCCAUCCAAGAGGGGCCUAACGGUAUCCAAGACAUCAGCACACGUAUGAUGGCUCACAUGCUAGGGCUUGACAUUCCUGGGAUUGAACCUUCGACGUCAUACUAUCCUGGAUACGAGUGGUGGCCGAGGAACGAUGUAGCAUCUAAUCAGCCUUUCGUUGGUUCUCCUGGCCCUGCCCAGAUGAAUCAAAUGAGCCAGGGCUCCAUUGCCAGCUUCCAACCUCCUGGUUCUCAUAACUGGAACUUGGAUACUAACUUUCCUUACACAUACACGGGUGUCUUAUAAAAUCCGUGUGUAGUUUUGCGCGUCUCUAUCAUGUAGCAUUGUUCUAUCUUUUUGGCAGGUUUUUGAGUGUGAACGCGGCUGCAUGGGCGCUUUCCGGCGCUUUCCGGCGCUUCCCACUUGGUGGUUUAAUGUAAUACGACCUAAUUUAGAGUUCUUGUGUACCCCUUAUUAUGCUUAUGUAACUUGUUGUGGACCC